UAAAGUAUCCUCGACGACAGAGAAGACGAGAUUACCCUCCCCGACCAUAACCAGCUCCCUGCGCCCUCAAAGCAUUCGCUGCUCAAAGUAGGCUCUAUUCGCCACGAAACUUUGGUGUUGUUUUCUGAGAUGCAGCAGAUGCCACAAAUCGACUGGAAGCACUACCAACUAUACUUCGGCCCAAAGCAAAAGACACUCUCUGAGGCAAUCUCAGUAGGCAUCCAUCGAGCUUACGAGAACUCCGGUAAAGACCAGACAUCCAAAAAUACCCUCCUUGACCUCCUCCGAUUUGUCAUCGAGAAAUAUGAAGAGGACCCGAAGAAGAUCUUCGGGGUUGUGGCUGCGCUUCAGGCUGUUCAUACGAAACGCGCGUCUUCACCUGGGGCUUUGGCACGCUCUGGUUCGAGGCCACUUCAAUGCUAUUUGGUUGACCCCUCAGGGCACAGGCGAGCAUACAACUCAUCAUUUACACUCGCGUGAGAGGUGCGACAUUUCCACGCUUCACCUAAUCGAUUUCUUGGAGCUCGAGUUACUAUACAAUUGAAGGCAUGGACGAUGAGUUUCUUUGUUCACAGGCGGUCUGGAUGCAUAAGGCACGUGAAGUCAUGCUUCUACUUUCACGCCCACCAAACCAGAUCCAUUUUCUUAGCCUUCGCGCUCCGGCUCAGCUUGGUCCUUGUUUCCUAGAUAGAACCCAACUUCUACCCAUAUAUUUAGCUCCUGUAAAGCUGCUAUGCAUGGAUCUGUUG